GCCGUUUGUUCAGAAAACGUAAACAUUAAAAUUUUCUUAACAUAAUUUAACAAAUAAAUAGUUAAUUAUGGCUAUGGAAGACAUAAUUAAUGGUCAAAACAAUUUAAGAAACGCUCUUACAUCGUGUGAUGACCCAUUGAAAGCCAUAGAAGCUUUCCAAUUGAGAAAUGGCAUUGUUUUGCAUUCGUUGAGACCAAUGCUGCCGCUUUUAGAUCUUCAUGGUGUUCCACGGUUGGACUUUCAUACAUCAAUUUUGGAAGAAUUGAGAGAGAAACUCAUUCAACAAAUAAAUGAUAUGAACACCAAAAUGGAAGUUAAAGAACGAGACAAAAAGCUUAAAGAACUUUUGAAUAAAAGUUUCGGAUUAAUUCGUGUUAAACAACUUCGACCUGCAGUCAUGGCUAUUCUCCGAAAUAUGAAACAAAUCGAUGACAAAUAUCUUCGCGUGUUAGUUCGUGAUCUUGUUCAAAAACUCGCUCACAUGAUUGGAUCAUCUGUAAAACUCUAUGAUAUGGUUUUACAAUUUCUUCGGACAUUAUUUUUGCGCACAAGAAAUGUUCAUUACUGUACAUUACGUGCUGAACUUUUGAUGGCACUUCACGACUUGGACAUUCAAGAAAUUAUAAGUGUCGAUCCAUGCCACAAGUUCACAUGGUGUUUAGAUGCUUGCAUUCGUGAAAAGCAGGUGGACAUCAAAAGAUCAAGAGAGUUGCAAGGAUUCUUAGAUAAUAUUAAACGUGGACAUGAACAAAUUUUAGGAGAUCUCAGCAUGACACUUUGUGAUCCUUAUGCAAUCAACUUUUUAGCAUCAUCGGCAAUAAAAAUUCUUCUACAUUUAGUAAGUGUAGAUGGAUUGCCAAGAAGCAACUCGAUUUUGAUUCUCUUAUUACGUAUGUUGUCAUUGGGAUUGAGUGCUUGGCGGAUGAUUGACACACAAGAUUUUAAGGAAUCAAAGUUCGACAUUCAAAUCUUAACAAAAUUCCUGCCAGCUUUAACAUCAUUGAUGGUGGACGAUCAGGCUCGUAAUUUUCAUUCGCGAUUACCGCCUGAUGAACGUUCAAAUGCUCUUAUUGUAAUUGAUCAUGAAGGUCCUGUACCUGAAGCAAUUGAAGCUUAUAUUCAGGAAAGUUCUGUUGCAUCAAUUCUUGCGAUGUAUUAUGCAUUGCAUGUUGCUAAGCAGAAAGAUCGCAUUGGAUUGCUUCGAAUUCUGACAAUUUUAUCAUCAUGUAAGGAAGAUCGAGCUUAUGAAGAUCCAUUUUUACAUUCUCUCAUUGCUUAUUUGAUUCCAAUGGCCGAUGAAUUUUCUAAUGAAGAAUUUUGUACUGGAUUGUUUGAUGGAUUUCUUUUUGCUGGUUUAAAUCGCGAUAAUGUCAGCAAGCAUAUUAUGAAGCUUUUGUGGUAUGUUCACGCUAAAAUAAAUCGUACACGAUUGAAUACUUUGAUGAAAGCGAUCGAACCUGAUUAUGCCAGCGAAUUAUAUGACGCGCUUACAAAAAAAGUUGAACUUGGUGGAACAGAGCCAAUGCAAGGAUUAAUCAAAAUGCCUCAAGAAUUUCAAUCAUCUGUGAGGAUUUAUAAACAUCCCUUCGAGCUCAUAAUGAAGGCUUACGAACGUCGCUUUCCAACAUGCCCGCAAAUGCCAAUUGUGCUUGACUGUGUUGUGAUGGAAGAUAAUGUCGACGGGCCACGUCGUCAUACGAAAAGACAUUGCAAACUUCGUGUUGAUUUUCCUUAUAUUUUUAAGAAGAUAAUUGGAAUUGAUGUUGCUUACUUCAUUCAAGAAAACUUCCUCGAUCUUAAAGAGAGGAAACUAACGAUAGAAGCAACAAACGAAACAUUCUCAUCGCGUAUUAAGAUCUCUGAAAAGUGUCGUUAUUAUGUCCAUCCAGAAAAUCCUGAUUGGACGUGCUUCGAUCAAAGUGCCAACCUUGAAAUCACAAACUUUUUCGGCUUCGAACAUCAAAUGGAAAAAGUUGGGAUGAAGCAAUAUACGCAAAUGACUCUAAAGGGAAAAGAAAUCAUUGAAUUCUUUAUUGAUCAACUAAAAGACGAAGGAAUAACACAUGUGGACAUGUGGCAAGAUCCUGAGGGUUCUAUAGCCGAAGUAAAGAAAGAAGAAUUGGAAAGUUGUAAAGAACAGCAACGUUUGAAUGCUGAUUACAUCAAGAAUUAUCUUGGAGAGUUGACACCGUUACAAGAAUCGCGUCUUCUUCAGAUGAGAAAGAAGCUUGAAGAGCAGAAUCUUGAUGAGAUUCCGGAUUAUCCGACACUUUUAAGAUUUCUUCGAGCACGAGAUUUUAGCAUAGACAAAGCGACGACAAUGCUCAUUGAAUCAUUGAAAUGGCGUAUAGAACAUGACGUUGAUAAUCUACUGAAAACUUAUAAGGAACCACAUGUCGUAAAUCAAUAUUUUCCUGGAGAGUGGAAUAAUCGAUUGACAGACGACGAACAGCGACCGCUUUACGUAAUAAAAUUGGGUAAUAUGGAUGUGAAAGGAUUAUUGAAAUCAAUUGGAGAAGAAGGUCUUCUUCGUUUGACUUUAUAUAUUUGCGAGCAAGGAUUAAAGAAGAUGGAAGAGUUGACAAAUCUUCAUGGAAAGCCAAUUUGGUCUUGGUGCUUGUUGGUUGAUUGUAAGAAUCUCUCAAUGCGGCAUUUGUGGCGUCCUGGACUUGCCUUGUUGUUGAAAAUUAUUGAAGUUGUCGAGAAAAAUUAUCCUGAAACAAUGGGACGAGUUUUAAUCGUCCGAGCGCCACGGGUUUUUCCUAUCUUGUGGACGGUUGUAUCGACUUUCAUUGAUGAAAAUACUCGAAAUAAAUUUCUCUUCUUUGGUGAUAUUGAACACGGACUUGAUCAUUUCAUUCCUUCAAUGCCGAGUGAUUUUCUUUUAACUUCUGAUAAGACAUUAAUUCAUAAUGGAGGCGUUAUUCCUAAGCAACUUUAUAAAAAUGAAUCGAUUGACGAGACGGAUGGAAACAUUGACGAUUUUGAAACUGAUGGUGACGAUGUAACAGCUACAAAGAUAAAGUUAAAUGAAGUGAAUAUUUAUCAGUGUAAUAAGUUGCGGCCUGGACAGUUCCAUGAGAUUGUCAUUAACAAUGAUGACCAUCGUGCGGUUUUAACAUGGGAUUACGAGUCGGUGAAGACAGAAGUUUUAUUCACAAUCUAUGAAACUGAUUCGAAGAUAAACAUCACGCAUGAUGACGAGUAUACAUCAAUUUUCGAUGCUACCAACAUGAAAGAGAACGUCAAUUAUAAGAAGAAGGAAUUGACAAUAACCAGUCGAGCGAAGGAAUCAGUUCAAGGUUCAAUUGAGAUGGAGAAAGCAAGUUACAUUCUUCAAUGGAUGAUUCCGCCAGCAAUCGACCAAUCGACGCGAUUAAUGUACUUUUACGAAAUUCUCAGCUCUGCCAAUUAUCGUGGCUCAAUGACAAGUUUGCAAUCACAAUCUGCUUUGAGUUUACAUUCCAGAUGAUCCGAAGCUCAAUUGCUUGACAUUAAGAAGAGUUGAGCAUGAUGAAAUAAAUCGCUAUCGUGAAUCUUGAGAGAUUUAUUUGAAUCUCAAUGGGAAAAAUACUAAAAACGGGAUUUUGUUUGCUCAUAAAUACUAAUUUCGAUUAAAUUAUCUUACACACCCACGCAAGAUUAAGAAAUUUAUUUUCAAAUUUAAAUCUAAGAUUGAUUUUCAAAGAUCGUUCACUCCUAGAGGAAAACAAUGAAAGUAGCCAAAAUAAAUCUAUUAAAACGCAAAUUAUAUUGUAAUUUAUAUCUACUUAGAAUCAAUGAAAAGAGAAAUUUAAAGGAAGAAAUAAAAGUUCAUUAGGAUAGAAAAGUUAAAUAAAAAGUUCAGAGUUUUUUUACAGCUUAAAUAAUAAUUGUUUAUGUUUUUAAACAUUUCUAAACAUAAACAUUACUGAAAACCUGCAGAGAAUUUCAAAAUAUGUAUCCUUACAUUGUUUCGAUAGUAAAUUGUGAUUUUUUAACUCUUUAGAGAUGAACUCUGAGAUAUAAAAUAAAUGCUUUCUAUGC